UCCGGGGGGAACUCCGGGAAUUCUUCGGGGAAUUCCGGGAAUUUCCCGGAGCCGUCGGGACGAGGGCGGAGCCGGCCCGGGAGCCGAGGUGCGGCGGCGCCGGCGCUGCUGCCGCUGCCGGACGCGGCCGGGCUGGAGUGGGCGACGCUCGUCAGCGCCGCCAGAGCCUACGAGGUGCAGCGCGCCGUGUCCCUGUUCUCCCUGGCCGACCCCGCCCUGAGCCCGGAGCCGCCCCCGGCCCCGCCCCCCCUCAGGUACCAAAACCAACAAUUUGGGGCGAAAAAAUCCAGUUUUGGCCCCUCCCCUGCCCCCCUGGACCUGCCGGGCAAAGUUUCCCAGCUGGAGGCGAUGCUGAGGCAGCUGCACAGCGACCUGGAAAAGGAGAAGCAGGACAAGGUGUUCCUGCAGGCCGAGGUGGCGUCGCUGCGCCAGAACAAUCGGCGCCUGCAGCAGGAGUCGAGCUCGGCCGCGCGGCAGCUCCGGCGCUUCGCCCGCAUCUUCUCCGGCGCCGCGCCCCACCACGAGCCCUGA